CACCUCCGCGUCGACAGCAUGAAGUCACCUCGCACUCCACAGCCGUCAGUGUCUCCUGGUUACGGCAGCAGGUAGCACCACUUCGCCUUGGUGUUUCUCUUAUCUCUUGAGAGCUGAUAUAAGAACGACAGUCGAGAGAUGAGUGAGACUGAGACGAGAACACAACAGCAAACCAUGAGAGGCAAGAGACUCGCUGUGGCUGAGUUGCAGGCUGUGAAGUGGGUGGCGUCGCAAGCAGCAGUGAAGCGUGCGUAUGAUGGCCUCAAGCCCCGCUAUCAGACCCUUAGACGGACCGCCAUCCUCGGCUGGUUCCUUGUCAUGUAUGAGGCAGUGGUGGUAUGGUGGUGGACGUUCCUGCACAGCCUGCCGUGGCCGGAGACGCUCCUUGCAAUCCUAGAGGGAGCCGACAGCCGUGUGGUCGCAGUCCUGGAUCUGGCGCAGCAGAGGAUAGAGUGGUGGUGGGAUGCGACUGGCGUGCGGCUCAUGUGGCUGCGAGAGAGCAUCUUGACAUUCCUCGACUACUACCUCACCAAGAUCGACUCCUUCCUUCUGCGAGUCCAGGAUGCAAUCAUCGCCGCCCUCACCUACCUGCUCAGGCCCGUCGCCACCCUGUACAGGCAGAUCGUGCCAGCUACCAAGUGGGAGGCCGCCACUCGGGCACGGCGAAGGGACGAGCAAGAGAGUGACUUCAAUGAAGAUGACGACACUGAGUUCGGCGAGGACUAUUUGUCCGACGCUUCCACGGACUCACGCCGCCUGCUGAAGGCCGGUCCUGGGGCAGGCGUGUCUUACGGCCGCCAGUGCACUACCGCCAUGGCAGAGGGAAAGUUCAGGCAAGCCAUGUACCACCGGGUUAAGAAAGAACUUCGUGUUAUGAGGAAAAAUUCCAUCAGAUUUUCUUAUGGCAUCGUCACGUACGCCAAGCAAAUGGUGGAGCCUCGAAUGCGACCUUACGCAGACUCUUUCCAGGUCUCCUAUCAAAAGUGGGCAAGGGAGUACGAGAUUCAGGAGAUGAUGAGGCCCCUGCAGGAGGAGUGGAACACCACCAGGCCACCAAUCGCCAAGAUGCUGUCUCUCGCACAGGCUCUCUGCGUCGUUUGCCUCGCUUUUUUGCUUCGUCUAGCGAAAGGAAAGAAGAGUCGCAGAACUCGAUCGAUGCGCUCAGAGAGUCUUCGCCGAAGGGCUCAAAAUCUAGCUUGCACCAACAACAGCCAGCUGUCUCUAAGCCCCACGGCUCUCCAGCAGUCAUCCGAGCCAACGCCAUCUCACCCACUGGUAGUCCCGGAGAGUCUCCAGGCGCGAGCCCUGAAAGAAGACGACGAGGAUUUGGACGGUUCUCCAGCAAAAGACAGCGCUCUGGGAAGUGAGGACAACCGUUCUGAUGUGAUAGACAGCGACCACACCAUCUCACCCAUUGACGAAGAACACGACACUGAGGAAGACAGUGCUGCCGCCUCCCCUGAUGAACCAAAAGAUGGCACAGGCAUGAAAAUCAAUAAUGGCAGUAUCUUGCCGAGAAAAGAGGUGGGACAAGUGUCUCCCAAAAACAAGAAAGGUGUCACCAUCUUGACUCCUCAGCAAACGAAGAGGCAAGAUUACAGGAAAGGCAGUAAAUUCAAUAAAAAGGUCACGACCAUAAUCUAAGAAUAAUGACACAUGAAUAUUGUACACUGAGAUGUAUUCCAAUACGUGAUGCACGUUUGUGUCUGAGCCCUGAGGAAGAUUGUUACGUUUAAUUUUCGUGUCGCAGUAGAACGAAGCUAAUUGUAUUUUAGCUUAAUUUUGUUUUAUUCGCACCCAAUUCCAGACAGAAAAAAAACUCCGCGACUCCGAAGGUACGUUCCUAUCAAGGCCGUAGUGAGAGACACUUGCAUGUAUUUUGAUGGAAAUAGUUUGCCAGCAUUCGCAAAAAAAAGAUAAAUAAAUAAACAAAUAAAGCUAGAUAAAAUAACGAAAAGGAUGAUCCACGGAGGAAGAAAAUUUUCUGCUCGGCAUACUGUCAUGGUUGGGUCUGACAUUAUGAAACGCGCACGUCUUGUGUGUCUGGGAAAUGUAUUUUAGCUUUAUUACAUUACUAAUUGUUGUUUGAAAUUGUCACAUUUUCGUGUGUGGUGAGGAUGCCUCCGCUCACUUCCCUUCCGUCCCAGACCAGUGCCGUGUUCCGUUUGUCUCUUGCGGUUCUGCAGCAGCCAGCGCCAUGGGCGUCUGGAGGUGGACAAUACUCAACGCCCGAGUCUAUGUACCGGCUUCAGUGUUAAAUGUUAAAUAUGGCGCAGAAAGGAAAGCCAGUAGCUCGGGAUGUAGCCCACCAGAACAAAUUAUUCUUUUUUUUCGCUUUUUUUUUUUUUUUUUUUUGUAAGGAAACAUCCGACAAUUUAUGUUAGCAUGGACAGUUCCGGCCUUCAACACUUACCCAUAACAAAAAUAUAGCCAGGUUCUAACGACGUCCAUCUGUGGGGAAAGAAUUAGCUUGAAUAUUUUAUAUCAAUUGUAAGUUUUCCAGUGAAGUUCCUUAUGCAGGUUUAAUAAGGAGCUCCACGUGGUAAUGCUCAAUAUUUCAUGGACUGAGGCAGGUAUCGCCUCGUCUUGUAGGAGCCGAACACAAAGGAAAAGAAGCUUUAAUGGGUGUUGCUUUUUGUUUUCUAGCUUGUGCUUGCCUUCUUAUAGCUGCAGUUAUAGGGCGUAGGUUUAAAGCACCGCAUAACUAUUCAUUUCUUAUCAUUGUAUAUUUUACACAGUCUUAAUAACGGUUGCUUCUCUUCCACACUUUGUUUAGCUAACUCUUCUAUUUUUUUCAGCCAUAUGAUACUAAUGGUUUCGCUUCCCCGCUUGUGUUACGAAAUCAAUCGCUGCCUUUCCUGUAUGGAAUUAUUGUGAAAAUAUACAUUUUUAAAGAAAUAUUUAAUAAAUGUGUAACUGUGUUGUAGUUGAUAUUAAUAAUAUGUAAAAAAUAAACCACACAUGUUGCACCUCAGUC